AUGACCCUAACAACUCUAUUUCACUUGAAAACUUUAAAUGCAUAUGGUUUGAAUAAUACACGUAAAGCCGAUAUUGAUGUUAUUUUCUUCAAUCGCGGUGCCAAAGUUGGUAGCGAAUCGAUGAUAGAGCUCUUCGAUAAAUUGGAGAGCUUCAACAAUUUGGUUAUUGAGCGCGAAGGCUUAAAGAAAGGCACCAAACGCCAACUCAAGAUGUGGGAACAACGUGAAUUAGCCAUAAAUAUAUCUCAAUUCGCUGAUGGUUCCGUCUAUAUAGAACAUGUGAAUUGGAUUGAUUUCGAAGAAUUUGAACUACCAAAACCAAUUUAUAUUAAUUUGGUACGCGAUCCGGUGGAGCGUGUGAUAAGUUGGUAUUAUUACGCGCGCAGCGCCUAUAAGAAUGCAAUCGAAUAUGACAAGUUUCCGGAUAAACCAAUAAGACCAGCAGAAUGGUAUAAGAAAGAUUUUAAUCAUUGCGUACGUAGUGGCGAUCCAGAGUGUCAAUAUGUGCCAUAUACAGUUAAUGAUUUUGCUGGGGAUUUCAGAAGGCAAUCGCUUUUCUUUUGCGGACAUAGCGAUGAUUGCUUACCUUUCAACUCACCGGCUGCCAUACAAUUGGCGAAGGAAAAUGUGGAACGUGACUAUGCCGUAGUGGGUUCUUGGGAAGAUACAAACGUCACACUCACCGUUUUCGAAAGCUAUAUACCUCGCUUUUUUAACGGUGCAAAACUUCUAUUCGAUAUACAUACUGAUAAAAUUACAAAUCGUAACAAGAAUAGGCGAAAACCGAAAAUUGAUCCGGAUGUCAAGGAAAUGAUGAGAAGAAAUUUCACCAACGAAUAUGAUUUUUAUAAUUUUUGCAAGCAGCGCCUCUACAAGCAAUAUUUGGCUCUGAACCUAAAUAAAGUGUCUCUUAUGCAGCAGUUAAAUUAA